UUAACUGCCCAUCCAGAGCACACCACAUUUCUGUGUAACAUUAUCUUUCAUUCCUGCAGAGCCCGAUUAGUGAAAAAAUGGACACAGAUAAUAGCAGCAGAACAGCUCUUGCUCUCCCAAACCCACAAGAAUCCUCCAGUGUACCUGACAUUGAACUCUUGGAAGCAUCUCCUCCUGCAAAAGCUCUACCACAGAAGCCACCCUCACCCCCACCACAGCAGACAUGGCAGACAAUCUUGAAGAAAGAGUUGGAGUUCCUGGGAGUAACACAAAUUCUGGUUGGUUUAAUAUGCCUUUGUUUUGGAACAAUCGUCUGCUCCGUACUCCACAUUUCAGAUUUUGAUGACGAAGUGCUUUUAUUAUAUAAAGCAGGCUAUCCAUUCUGGGGUGCAGUGCUGUUUGUUUUGUCUGGAUUUUUGUCAGUUAUGUCCGAAAGGAAAAACACACUGUAUCUGGUGAGAGGCAGCCUGGGAGCAAACAUCGUCAGCAGCAUCGCUGCAGGGAUGGGGAUCGCCGUAUUGAUCCUCAAUCUGAGCAAUAGCUCCGCUUAUAUGAGCCAUUGCAAGGAUAUAACCGAAGACGACGGCUGCUUCGUGGCUUCUUUCAUCACAGAACUGGUACUGAUGAUGCUGUUUCUCACCAUCCUGGCCUUUUUCAGUGCUGUGCUGCUCACUGUCUAUAGGAUUGAACAAGAAUUCAAAAGUAAUAAGGUCCCAGAUGAUCGUCUUUAUGAAGAAUUAAAUGUGUAUUCACCAAUUUACAGUGAGUUGGAAGACAAAGGGGAAAUGUCUUCUCCAGUUGAUUCAUAAGAAUCAGGAGACCACCAGGAGAGUCUGAUUCACCAUAUAAUAUUAAAAGUUGAUCUUUUGCAACAUUAUGGCAAAAUUUCUGCUUGCUCCACAUUCUGUCAGUUUUUCAACUGGAUUGUUCUGCAGAUGCCACUGUUUUAAUUAUGCUGUUUCUGUUCUUCUAAAUAUCUCCCUUUUUUUGUGGAUAUCAUUCACUCCAAUUUUCUUGUUUUGAAAGUCAUCAAGGAAUAAGUUGGCUUUAUUGUACAUCUAUUUUCAUGAACAAAAGGAAGAUAAGGAGGAAUUACACUGAGGAUUUAACUAAAUUUAGAUAAUCAAGGAAUAUUUGACUCUCAGUUAAUUUUAGAAUUCUCAACAGCUAUAGUUGUACAUGAUAUAUACCCACCACCAUAUCAAGCCUUCUGUAUAUAUUUUAACACAAUAUAUACUUUUCUAUUUAGGUAUAUUUUUCACCUUCAAUAUUAAUGGGAUUUUUAGAAACAUAAAGCUUUAUGAAAAGACACAUUUCAUCUGAUUCAUGAGUACAUUCACCUGCACAAUUGUUGCUUGGUGGUGUUUUCCAAUUGGUGAGUAGUAGGUAAUAGAGAUCAUUAUUAAAUCAUUCAGUCAGAUAGAUGGGGAGGUAAAAUCAGGGACACUGUGUGUGUACAUCCUUUAGUAAGACAUGUGGGACAAAUGAAGAAUAAACUGAUGAAGACUUGAGCUGUAAGGUAGUCGAUGGGAAUGACAAGAAAUGACCGUGGAUAACACCUGUAGGUAAAUAUCUACCAAAAGUUGGUAGAGAUUGCCAUGUAUGCCUAGAAUCUCAGCACAAGGCAAACUUCUGUUACAUAGUGAGUUAGAGGCCAGCCUGGGCUACACGAGAUCCUACAUCAAAGGACCUAAAGAGAAAUUGGUUUAAACUGUUAACACCUUAAAGGAUAGUUAAACAAACAGCACAGUUUGGCAUAUUUAGUGCUUAAGUCUUUAAUAAAUGUGAAUGAAUAACAUUGUGAGGGAGGGAAUUGGUCAUGCAAAAAUCUGGAUGGUGAAAGAGUAGGAGAAACAGAUGAAAUGUUGAAACUUAGUUUUAGACUUUUGUUCAGAGAUGAUUAUAAGAGAGAUCAUCAUUAAAUGGAGAAGGUCAAGACACCAGGAGAAUAAUUUUGAGAUAGCAUUAAGGUAGUUAAACUCCACAUGCCUAUACUUAGAAGGGGAAAGUAAGGAUCAAAAUCAGAAAGCCUAACAAUUAGUCAGAAAAACUUUAUAUUAUAUUUGGCAGCAGAUGCCUAUAGUGGAGAAAGUUAAACAAAGAGAAAAUAAUUAACCAAUAGAGACUGUACAUGUUGGCAUGGGAAAGAGAAGAGAAAAUAGCAAUUCCGAAUGAAUGCUAUCCCUGAAGAGGUAUUUCCCAGACGGUGUGGGCAGAGGACCAGAACAUUUGCAAAGGUGCCUAGCGAGCAGACGGUGAAUAGAAGGUAGUACAGGAAAAAAAAACAGCUGAGAAAAAUGUAUUUUGUUGCUGCUACUUAGAUUUUUUAAAAAGAAACAAAAAGAGACAUUGAAAAAUCUGUUUGCUGGAAUCAGUUAGUGUGUUCUCUGUGUGUGUCCAAGGACAGGUAACUUUUCUAAAUCUCCAUGUAAGGUUCACCUCAUCUAUAUACACCUCUGCACACAGCCAGACUCUUCAUUCACAGUUACUCUACUACAGUAGUAAACUGUGCUUGUGAUCUCCUUAUGUGUCUUCAGAUAGUGUUUAUACAAUAAAUUGGAAUUAUUUAACUUGAUAUUUGUAUUAGCAAAUAAAGGUGAAAGAAUAUGAGGGAAGUCUUGAGGAAGAAGAUCAAUGGUGGACAUAAUCAUAUUUCAUUGCACACAUUUGUAAAGUUAUUAGGAAUAAAGAAAACUCAUUUUAAAAAGAGCCAUGCACAUUAAAACAAUUAAUUAAAUGGUACCAAGGACAAAGAACAGUUUCUGGAGUCUUCUUCCUCAACUCUUUUCCCAGUAGAAUUGUAUGUAAAUAACUCUGAAGGUUGAAAACUGGACAUUGUACCACCUAUUGCAAUCUUUUGUUAAUAAAUUGGA